CGAACCCUAAAAUUUUUCCUUCAACAGCUGCCCCACCAUUGUUCGAUCUCCUUCUCUUCUCCGUCUCCGUUCCGAUCAUCGCCGUCGCCAUCCGUCACUCUCCGAUCGUUUCUCAAUCAUGCUCAAUAUUGCGACUACCUUUUGCAAGCGACUGAAUGUCAAGGAUCUGGUUACCAAUGUUCCUGUAUAUAGCAGUUUUAGUGAUGGAUCUGCGGGUGGAUUAAGCUUAUUAUUCAGACGUUGGGCUACAAAGAAAACCGCUGGAUCGACUAAAAAUGGACGAGACUCGAAACCUAAGAAUCUUGGGGUGAAGAAAUUUGGUGGUGAGAGAGUUAUUCCUGGUAACAUUAUUGUUCGUCAACGGGGCACUCGUUUUCAUCCUGGAGAUUAUGUUGGAAUAGGGAAGGAUCAUACUCUGUUUGCUUUGAAAGAAGGCUGUGUGAAGUUCGAAAAGCACAAGCUGAGCGGACGUAAAUGGGUGCAUAUUAUACCAAAGGAAGGACACGUUCUUCAUCCUGUUUAUGCCACUACUGACAUUUCUCCAGAAUUGAAGACAGCAGCAUGAUGCUUGAGUUCAUUGAUGAACAUGAACAUGAUCAUGAAAUUGGUAUAAUUUUUUCUACCUUUUUUGGUGUUCCAUAGCAAAUUUAUUCUCCAGAAUUGAAGACAGCAGCAUGAUGCUUGAGUUUGUUGUUGACCAUGAUCAUGAAAAUGGUAUAAAUUUUCCCGUCUUUUUUUUGGUGUUCCAUAGCAAAUUCUGACUAAACGUGAUCGCUUGAUGAACGGAUGUAGGCGGUCUGUUUGAGUGCGAGUUCUGAAUGUUGAUCAAGCAGGUCUGAUUUCCUUUUCUUUCGAAUGCCACUUUGGCUAUUUUGCAGACAGUGAAGAAAUCAAGAAAUAAUUUUCUUUGUAAUUAACUUUUAUGUUUGUGGAUUAGAAAGGUUAUGAACGUUCAUCUUUGUGGUUUAUUUAUGGAUUCGUUUUUAAUCAUUGA